AUGGCGGAGAACGCGCCGCCCGCAAGCGCAGGAAACACAGCGACUGAUGCCUCGCGCGGCAUGCCCUACUACGAGCGACUGCGACGCGACCUGCGAGAGUCCCUCCAGAGGAAACGCGUGAUAGACAACAGCUUGGCACAACUUGAAGACAACAUCCUCCGCGUCGAAACGCAGUACCUCGAAGAGACCAGCGCGGGGAAUAUCAUCAAGGGCUUUGACAACUAUAUCAAAGGAGCAGCGACGACUUCCACGACAGGCGGAGCGGGCACUGCGACACGGCGGAAGGCCCCGAUCAGCGAGGUGGACAGGAUAUUCAGCCGGAGUUCGAGCAGCUUUCUGAGGGAAGCAUCGACUCCUGGAUCGGCGCAGACAACGCCGUCACAUGCUCCCACACCGACUUCCUCCUUCCCCACCCGCGAAUCCAGUCAGCCGACACCAAACGGAGCCAACAAGGCCGGCGCAGGGAGCAAGAAGAACAAGGCCGGCGAUGAGGACGAGGCGGAAGGCAAACCGCCGAAGCGCAGCAAGAUUACGUACGGCAGAGAGUGAGGAGGCGGUCUGUUCCUAUGGGAAGGAAUGGGAUACCAGAUAUGGGAUAUGCUAGCGCGGUUGCGCGUACUGUAUCGCUUGCGAAGCCACUCGGCGGGACCGUUUCACGGCGAGAUUGAAAGGUCGAUCGACAGAGGCAUCCAGGAAUUCUGUCCAAACGGUGGUGGCGGCUUGAAUUCCUGAGUGGAUUGUGGUGGUAGGCGAGGUACCGGAUCGACAUGCUAAAAUCGCGGGGUACCGUCACGGGAGCGGCUUGUUAUCUCAUUGCGAGAUAGAGUACCGGAAUGUGCACCUGUCGGAAGCAGCACUGUCCGGUUUCGCAGGUGGAGCUCGUUACUGUUAGGCAUUCAUCGUCGCUCGCCUCGAGCGAUGGAGUGGUUGAGACAGACGGUACGUGAUGCUUGGCACAGGGAAGC